UAAGAGUAACUCACUGCCGUGUUUUCCGUAUAGUUGAAUCUAUCCACCUCAGUACAGUUGGGUCUUGAAAGAAAAGGAGUAUUGCUAUUUCUUGUGGACUUUGGGUUCCUGCUUUUUUUUUUGCUGAAGCAGUGAUAUGAUUCCAAUUCGUUUAAUUUUGUUGCUACCCAUAGUAACAAAUUCAAAUGCAGCCUGGUUUGGGUCAACGACUUCCUGCAGUCCAUCGCAGUUUCAGUGUAAGAAUGGGCAUUGUGUACCACUGCUGUGGCAAUGUGAUGGUGAUGAUGACUGUACUGAUGGAAGUGAUGAAAGCGGUUGUGUUCAGACGACGUGUGGAGUUUCUGACUUUGUAUGCCACAAUGGACAUUGCUUGCCCAGUAAAUGGAAAUGUGAUGGUGUACCUGACUGUGACGAUGGCUCAGAUGAAAGUCCAGAAGCUUGUCAAAUGAAAAAGUGUAACUUGAAUGAAAUUAAUUGUGGCCCUGGCACUCUUCAGUGUAUUCCCACUGCCUGGAAGUGUGAUGGAGGAAAAGACUGUGAGAAUGGCAAUGAUGAAGAGAACUGUGACUCUCUUAACUGCAGUACAGUCGAAUUUACUUGCACCAGUGGUAGAUGCAUUUCCAGGGCAUUUAUCUGCAAUGGCCAAGAUGACUGUGGUGAUGGAAGUGAUGAAAAAGGCUGUGUUUCCCAAUCCUGUGGCCAUCAUGAGUUCCAGUGCAAUAGUUCCGAAUGCAUUUCCCUGAGUUGGGUUUGUGACAACAACGCUGACUGUGCUGACCAAUCUGAUGAAUCUCCAGAACAAUGUGGGCCCACCAUUCCUCACGCAACCUGCUCUGCUUAUGAGUUCCUCUGUGCGUCUGGCGAAUGCAUCUAUCAUCACUGGCACUGUGAUGGAGAUAAUGACUGUGAAGAUGGAAGUGAUGAACUGAAUUGUGCUCCAUUGACAUGUAGACCAGAUCAUUUCAGAUGUGGCGAUGGUAAUUGUAUCCCGCAAACCAAAAAAUGUAAUGGAUUUGCGGACUGCUCUGAUGCUUCUGAUGAAAACCACUGCCAGAAUGACUGCACCACUCCUCCUGAGUUCAAAUGUCAAAGUGGAGAAUGCAUUGCUAUAAGUAAAGUCUGUAACCACAAACGGGACUGUAGAGAUGGGAGUGAUGAGCCCUUUAAAUGCCGACUAAAUGAAUGCUUGGCGAACAAUGGCGGUUGCUCUCAUGUUUGCCGGGACCUUCCCAUUGAUUAUGAAUGUGAUUGCCCUGCUGGUUUUGAAUUGGUUGAUGAGAAGACCUGCGAUGAUAUCAAUGAAUGCUUAAACACAGCAACCUGUAGCCAAAUCUGCAUUAACUUAAAAGGAAGCUAUAAAUGUGAAUGUCACAAGGGGUAUCAUCUGGAUCCAACCAAUGGAGUGUGCAAGGCUGUAGGCAAAGAGCCCUACUUGAUCUUUACAAAUCAGCAUGAUAUUCGGAAGCUUGGGCUACAUCAUCAGGAGUAUACCCAGGUGACCAUGCGGCUCAGGAAUGCUGUAGCACUGGAUGCUGAUGUUGCAGAGGAGAAAAUUUUCUGGGCUGACUUGAUGCAUCAAGCAAUUUUUAGCAUGUCCUUGAACAAAUACAGAAGUGCUCCAGGUCGCUCUUUGCUUGUUAGGAAUUUGAGCAUUCCGUCAGGAAUUGCAGUGGAUUGGAUCUACAAGCACGUGUACUGGACUGAUCGUGGUGCUAAAACAAUAUCUGUGGCUACAAUGGAUGGAUUUAAGAGGAAGACUCUUUUUGAUGACAACAUGACAGAACCAGCCUCUAUAGCAGUUGAUCCAUUAUCAGGAUAUCUGUACUGGUCUGAUUGGGGUGAACCAGCAAAGAUAGAGAAAGCAGGAAUGAAUGGUGUUGGUCGCAAGGUUCUGGUUGAUGUGGAGAUUCAGAGACCAAAUGGCAUUGCACUUGACACUGUGAAAAGCUGCCUUUAUUGGGUUGACUCAAAGUUGCAUACACUGUCCAGCGUAGGCCUGAAUGGACAGGACAGAAGAACUGUACUUUCUUCGCAAAGUUAUCUUUCUCGGCCUUGCAGCGUUACAGUAUUUGAGGAUCGUGUCUUCUGGUCUAAUGGAGACACUGAAACAAUCUAUGGAGCCAACAAAUUCACGGGAGCAGAUCUUCAGAUUCUAGCUUCUAAUCUUCAGAAAUCUCAGGAUCUCAUAAUUUAUCAUGAAUUAAUCCAGCCUUUUGGGAAGAACUGGUGCAAUGACACUUUGAAAGCAGGCUGUGAAUACAUGUGCCUCCCUGCUCCUCAGAAAGAUGUUUCAACUCCAAAAUAUUCCUGUGUGUGUCCAUCUGGAAUGGAAGUGAAUGAGCGAUGGUGUAGGACAGAUAUUAGAGCAUGUCAGAUUCAUGAGAUCAGCUGUGGUUCUGGAUCUCAUCAAUGCAUUCCUGUCUCCUGGAAAUGUGAUGGUGAAAAGGAUUGUGCUAAUGGAGGCGAUGAGGAAAACUGUGGCACCUUUACUUGCAGUAAUGUGGAAUUUACUUGCUCAAGUGGCAGAUGCAUUUCUAAAUCCUUUAUUUGCAAUGGUGAAGAUGAUUGUGGUGAUGGAAGUGAUGAGAAUGGCUGUACUCGCUCAACCUGUGGAUUACAUGAGUUUCAGUGCAGAAAUAUGGAAUGUAUACCAUUAAGCUGGUUGUGUGACAACAACGUUGACUGUUCAGACAAAUCUGAUGAAUCGGUGGAACACUGUGGCCAUACUCUUCUUUCUCUUCCUCUUCCUCCUCCUACCUGUCCUUUCAAUGAGAUGCGUUGCCGUUCAGGAGAAUGUAUUCAUUACCAUUGGUACUGUGAUGGAGAUGGUGAUUGCAAGGAUGGAAGUGACGAAAUCAACUGUCCUUCACAAACCUGUCAACCAGAUUAUUUUAGAUGUGGUGAUGGUUUCUGUAUCCCUGAAGGCCGUAAAUGCAAUGGAUACAAAGACUGCAUUGAUGGAAGUGAUGAAGAUGGCUGUAAAAAUGGUUCAGUGUGUACCAUGCCAUCUUUCUUCAGGUGUCAAAAUGGUAAAUGCAUUGAUGGAACCAGAGUGUGUAACCAGCAGCAAGACUGUGUGGAUGGGAGUGAUGAACCCCCUGAAUGUCAUGUGAAUGAAUGUCUAGUGAACAAUGGUGGAUGCUUGCAUAUUUGCCAUGAUCUUCUCAUUGGCUACGAAUGUGGAUGCCUUCGAGGGUUUGAGCUGUUUGAGGAAAGAAUCUGCAGAGACAUCGAUGAAUGUCAAAAUCCUGGAGCUUGCAGUCAAACUUGUAUCAACAAAGUGGGGAGUUAUGAAUGCUUGUGUCACAGAGGAUACCAAAUGGAUCCAGUGAAAGGAAUUUGUAAAGCACUAGGUGAAGAGCCUUAUUUGGUUUUCACUAACCAUCAUGAUAUUAGGAAAAUUGGUUUGCAUAAAAUGGAAUACACAGAGAUUGCGUGGCAAUUGAGAAAUGCUGUAGCUCUUGAUGUAGAUGUUGCAACACAGACCCUCUUCUGGGCUGACUUGACACAGCAAGCAAUAUUUAGUGUGUCCAUGGAUAAACGUGGAAACUCUGCUCAUAAAUCCAAAAUAGCCAAAGAUCUAGGAGCUCCUGUGGGAAUUGCUGUGGACUGGAUCUAUAAGCAUCUCUACUGGAUUGAUAGUGGCACUAAGACUAUCUCCGUUGUGAAAUAUGAUGGCACUAAAAGGAAAAUCCUUUUUGAUACAGACCUGAGAGAUCCAACUUCCAUAGUUGUUAAUCCACUCUCUGGGUUUGUUUACUGGUCAGACUGGGGUGAGCCAGCAACGAUUGAAAGAGCAGGAAUGAAUGGCUAUGAUCGUAGCGUUCUGGUUACAAGAGAUAUCGAAUGGCCAUGUGGCAUUGCCUUGGAUCUUGUGAAGGGCCGUCUCUAUUGGGUUGACUCAAAGCUGCAUACAUUAUCAAGUGUAGAUUUAAAUGGUCAAGACAGAAGAGUUGUGUUGGAGUCAAAGGAAUUCCUUGCUCAUGCUUUUGCAAUUACCAUUUUUGAGGAUAAUGUAUUCUGGAUUGAUGGGGCAAGCAAAGCACUUUAUGGAACAAACAAAUUUACGGGUUCAGAUAUAGUGCAUUUAGCUGCCAACCUUCAUGAUCCUCGAGACCUCAUUGCUUAUCAUGAGCUGACUCAACCAUCAGGCAAAAACUGGUGUGAGAAUCUGAAGACAAGGAGCUGUGAAUACAUGUGUCUCCCAGCUCCCCAGAUGGACAGAAACUCUUCCAAAUAUACCUGUGUGUGUCCAUCUGGGAUGGAGCUGGAUAAGGACGGACAGCACUGCAGGAUGGGCAUAUUUAACACCUGUGGAGCAUCUGACUUUGUGUGCCACAAUAAACAAUGUGUCCCUGGUAAGUGGUUAUGUGAUGGCAAAGCUGACUGUGAAGAUGGAUCUGAUGAAAGCACAGAUGUCUGUCAUCAAAGAAUGUGUCUUAGCCAUGAAAUCAGCUGUGGACCUGGAUCUUCGCAGUGCAUUCCUGCUGCAUGGCGAUGUGAUGGAGAGAAGGACUGCCAUAAUAAUGGUGAUGAGAUUGAUUGUGGUAAAAUUACUUGUGAUCCUUUGGAAUUCACUUGCUCCAGUGGGAGAUGCAUUGCUAAGACAUUUGCCUGCAAUGGUAUGGAUGAUUGUGGUGACGGAAGUGAUGAAAAGAACUGUGCUUUAUCUACCUGUGGUGCUCAUGAGUUUCAGUGCAAUAACUCAGAAUGCAUACCUUUAAAUUGGGUGUGUGAUAACAGUGAAGAUUGUACAGAUAAAUCGGAUGAAUCUUCAGACCACUGUGGAUACACACUUCCUCCUUUGGCCUGCUCUCCUAAUGAGUUCCUGUGUGCCUCGGGUGAAUGCAUCCACACUCGCUGGUACUGCGAUGGUGAUGCUGACUGCAAAGAUGGAAGUGAUGAAGCCAAUUGCCCUCCUCACACAUGUAGGCCUGAUCACUUCCAAUGUAAUGAUGGCAGUUGUAUUCCUGGGAGAAAGAGAUGCAAUCAGUUUAGAGACUGUCGUGAUGGUGGUGAUGAACUCAACUGUCAGGAAAUUUCAGAGUGCAUGGGACAAACUAACUUCAAAUGUCAUAGUGGAGAAUGCAUAAACAUCAGCCAAGUGUGUGAUACCAAGCAGGACUGUAAAGACUGGAGUGAUGAAAUUCUCAAAGAAUGUAAUAAAAAUGAGUGUUUAAAGAAGAAUGGUGGCUGCUCCCACAUAUGCCUUGAUCUCGUCAUUGGUUAUGAGUGUGAAUGCCCCGCUGGUUACGAUUUGAUUGACAAGACUACCUGUGGAGAUGUUAAUGAGUGCCACAACCCUGGAGCUUGCAGUCAAAUUUGCGUCAACACAGAAGGAAGCUACAUGUGUGAAUGUCAUGCAGGUUACUUUAUGGAUCCAGCUAAUGGAGUUUGCAAGGCAAUAGCCAUGGAGCCUUAUUUGAUCUUCACAAACCACCAUGAUAUCAGGAAGCUGGGAUUACAUCUCCGGGAGUACACCCAAGUUGCUGUACAGCUGAGGAGUGCUGUGGCGCUGGAUGCUGACGUUGCAGGGGAGAGGCUCUUCUGGGCUGAUGUAGGGCAGCGGGCAAUCUUCAGCAUGUCACUGAAUGAGAAGGAUCGUGCAGCUGGAACAUCCAUAAUUAAUGGCCUGCAAAUCCCUGGAGGAAUUGCUGUGGACUGGAUCAAUAAACUUGUUUACUGGACUGAUCGUGGCAUGAAAACGUUAUCUGUGGCUAAUUUUGAUGGAACAAAGGGGAAGAUUCUUUUUGAUACGGACUUGAGGGAGCCAGCUUCAGUUGUGGUUGAUCCACUGUCAGGGUUCAUCUACUGGUCUGACUGUGGCACUCCGGCAAAGAUUGAGAAAGCAGGCAUGAAUGGUAUUAAUCGCCAACUUUUGCUUGGCACCAAAAUUGAGAGGCCAAGAGGCAUUGCACUUGACCACAUGAAAGGGCGCAUAUAUUGGAUUGAUGCAAAGUUGCAUACAUUAUCAAGUAUGGAUCUCAAUGGACAGGACAGAAGAACAGUUUUACAGUCACAAGAAUUCCUUGUACAUCCUCGCGCUAUAGCUCUAUUUGAGGAUCAUGUUUAUUGGGCUGAUGAGGGGAAAGGAAUUUAUGGAGCCAAUAAGUAUACUGGAGAUAAUGUGAACCUUCUGGCUGCUAAUGUUGACCCUGGGGACAUCAUAAUCUAUCAUGAGCUGAUACAGACAUCUGGGCGAAGCUGGUGUGCAGAAUUUGGAAACUGUGAGCACAUGUGCCUCCCUGCUCCUCAAAUUAACAGUCAGUCGCCAAAGUAUACCUGUGUGUGUCCAACUGGAAUGGAGUUGAAGGAUGAUGAACAGGGUUGUGCUGAAGUAACAACUCCAACAAAGAGGUCUGCAGUUGUGGCUUCAGAAGUGUUUGUCAGGUCGCACACCAUCUUGCCAACAAUUUUGGCUAGUCCCAAAGAUGCAAGUUUGAAUACUUCACUUGGAAAGUCACACAAAGAAUCAACAGCACUUUGGGUCAUCUUUACCAUUUUGCUUUUGAUCAUUGUUGGUGUAUUGGGUUACUUUGCUUGGCAGAUAUGGGAAAAGAAGAACAUGAAGUAUGCCCAUUUUGAGAAUCCAGCCUUUCAAAGUAAUUAACCUGUACAAAGCAAAGAAUAAAGCUGAAUUUGCCCAACUAGAAUGAUAUUGUGUAACUGCUAUGUGUGUGGCAUGGAAUGCCUCUGAAACAGGGUGGAUUGUGUAUCCUGUUCUCAGCAGAUUUUUCUCUGGCUAAUUUGCCCAAGGAUUGAAUCCAAUUUGCUUAAUGAUUAACACUUGAGAUUCUGUGAACCCUGAUACAGUCUACAUAUGGACACAGCAUGACUCCUGGCCAGCCUGCAAUUUCUUGCAGCUACAUGGCUUGGCCUAACUCCAGAAUUUUUUCACAUGGGCUUCUUCACUUGCUUUUGGGAGGCUUGAACAAAAUGCCAAAGGUUUGGAGGAACUAAAAUUAGGAUGUUGAGUUAAUGGUUACUAUAUUGGGAAUUUUUUUUAUCGCCAAGAUUGAGAUCACUAGAUGCUAAUUAAAAAGCUACUUCAUAAAAUUCACUCGGGAUAAAGUGUAAAAAAAAGUCACUUAAGAUUCCAUGGUAUAACUGACAGCUGAACCUUGGUUGUCGAUAUCAUAACACAUUCAGAUGGAGAAAUCAGAUUGUUUAUUCACAAUCCCUAAGAUUGGUAAUGUCCAAGGUUUGCAAAUAGGUAACGAGCACAACUCUGCAUUUUCCUUGUGAAAGUAUUUGGGCAAUGGUUUAAUCAUAGCCACAAGCCUUAGAGGUGCAGCCAUUGAAUGUUGUUGAAAUAUGGGUCUCAGACUUCAGGCAAAUAAAAAGUGGAAGUCACAAAGAGACUUGAUGAAAUGUGGCUUUAAGAGUAUUGGUGAAUUUUCUACAUUUCAUGAAAAUUGAAAACUGUCAUGGAUAGGUGGAAUGACAUAAGAUAAACCUGUCAUGGCUGGACUAGAAAAGCUGGCUUCCUCUUUCAAGCACAUGUUGCAAGAGAUUUCAGUGUUUAAAAGUGUGAAGGGAAUAGAUAAGAGGACAAUCUUAUCAUUUGAUAGUUAGGAAUUAAGACAAUGAAAAUUGAUUGGCUGAGGUCCAGAAUGCUCUGCCACUGAUAUUGGAAGCAGACUUAAUUGCAAUGUUCAAAAGGAAGUGGUUUAUACAUUAGAGAGUUUGCUGGGCUAUUGAAGGGACAGGAAGGGAUUUGGCUGUAUGACUUGGAGCUGGUAUGGAGUGUAGCCUGAAUGACCUCUGUGCUAUAACUUGUUGCUUUUGCCUGAUGCACCAAGUUUGAGCGUUUUUCCUCGGGUACUUAUUCAGAUAUAACACCAGCAAGCCCUGAUGUAUCUCUUUCUCUCUUGCCCAGCUCAGGCUUCCCUAGUACCUGCAAUACUAACUUUCUUGAGCCAGCCCACAGGUAUGGAACACUAAAUGGUUUGACUUCAAUUUUAAACCCACUGGUGCUGUACGUGAUCUGAUUCAAUGAACUUUUGAAUGUUCUGAAGCAAAUCAUGUGGCCCAGGUUUAUAGCAGGAUCCUUGGCAGAGUGGAUUAACAGAGGGAUCUUGGGCUAAGAGUCCAUAAAACCUUUUAAGUUGCUUGCAUGUUGAUGGAUGUGUUGUCUGCUGGUUUUUAUGAGUAGAUCACACUUGGAGUACAGGAACAUAAUCCUUCAUUACAGGAAGGAUGUGAAAACGUGAGGGUGCAAAGAUGAUUUAGCAGGAUGCUGCGUGGAUUUGGAGAACAUAUUGUAUGAGGAAAGGUUGAGUAAGCUAGAGCUUUUCUCUUUGGCACAACAGAGGAUGAGAGGAAACUUGAAGUGUAUAAGACUGAGAGGCAUAGCUGGUGUAUAACCAGCACCACUGUUCCUCCUAAGCUGCGCAACCAUGCAGUAACUGAAAUACCCCCACACACAUAACCUUUGUGGCUGCACAGCUGGAGUUUUCUUUUAUAUAAUGGCAAUAUAAUUUUGAAAUCUGUUAAUAAUUGUGAAAUGCCCUGUUAUUAAUGAAUUCUAUAAAUUUUCAAAGUAAUAAAAAUACCACAUCCUUUUAGAGCUUCAAUGUAUUUGUAGUGUCAGUGUUUCAAGUUGCAAAAUGUUACAAAUUGUAACACUAAACACAGAAUGGAAGUCGGUAGCUCAUUAUUAUAAGCUGCUGGUCUGCUGAGCACUGACAAUGUCUAGUCAAUGCAAGAAUUUGAAGAUUUGUUAAUUCUUGUCGACCUCAUUGGAAACUUUCAAUCUUCUAGUGCUGACUGCAAAUGUGGAUUCAGUCUUAUGAAUUCGAUCAAAUGUAAGUCCACAAGCAGAUUUAAAGUGAAAUAUUUGAAUGAUUUCAUGAGGAUUAAGACAUGUCUUUCACCUGAAUGCAAAAUUAAUCUGGACAGUGUUUGGUAAUGGAUUUUUAAUGAAGAGAGACUAGAAAAAGUUUAUGAAAUGUGAA